AUGAAUAAUGAAGAUGAACUCCAAGCUACAAUCUCAACAAGAAUAAUAGAAAAGGUUGUGUCGGAAAAUGUUGUGAUAAGCGAUGAUGCAGCAGAAUGGGCUAUAAAUGAUUUCACCAGAGAUUACUACUCUACUCAUAAGUGUAAACAAAAUAAAAAUUUAGAUUUCCCCGGUACAAAACGUGAUUACAGUGAUGGAACUUCACGACGGCUAUCAGAAUCACUAUUUGGUGGAAAACUUAUUAACGGUAAAAAAGUUCCACGCCCGUGGCUCAUUUACUCAGUAAAGGGUCUGUAUUCUGUGCAGCUUGUCUUCUUUUUGAGGUAG